AUGGCUGUAGAUCCUGGCCAGAAGCAGCUGUCGCCCCGACAUUCCCAGCUGAACUCCCCUCCUCACCCCAGGACAAGGUGGAGGGGCCGGAGCCUCGGGGACCUGACGCCUGCCUGGCUGCAAGACAUUUGUCACCCAGCUCAGGCUUGGCUGUCGCUGGAGAAGCCAACACUGAGAGCCUCCAUCAUCUUCCGCAUCACCUACAUCCACUUCUUGUCUCCAGGCCCCACCAAGAACCACGCCAUCACCACCACUACAUUCGCCUGCAUGGCUGCUGUGCUUUACGCCACUGAAGUGGCCUGGGUCUGGGUCUGGCCUGGCGAUGUAUCUAACUGUGUGCCCACGUUGCCAGGCAUGCUCAGGAGGCUGGAGAACUAUGUGGCCUGUGUCAUUUUCAUCUUUAUCAGCAGCCCCUACCUGUACCAGUACCAGCUGGCACUGGUGUGGUACGUGGCCAGGUACUCCAUCUGCUUCAUCCUGGGGGCCAUGAACUUCAUGGUGAAGGGGUCUGACUGCGACGAAGAUAAAAAGCUGCCUGUCCGCUUUCCACGUUUCCUGUCGGGGCAGACUGUGCUCUCCAUCUUCUUCUACAUCUGCCUGGUCCUCUGGCCUCUCUACAAGUUCAGUAAGAAGUUUGGUGUCCAGCCCCAGCGGUCCAGCAAUGGGAGCUGCAGAGACAGACUCACCUCCUUGGUGUGCAUCUGGGACCAACGACUGGCUGUGACCGUAAUGACAGCCAUCAACCUGCUGAUUUAUGCAGCCGAUAUGGCAUACUUGGCCCAAGAGGCUUUUGUAGGGACUAAGGAUCAACCCAGGGGCUCCAGAUUCCUAUUCUAACUGGAAGUUUCUACACGGAGUUCUGAUGUCCUCUUCCUGUCCCCUCUCUCCCUGCUCACAUCCUUCCCCAACCAUCUCGCUCUCUUUUCUGCUCCCUUCCCUCCUUCUGCUCUGUCUCCUUCCUGUUUUGUGUGAUUGCCCAGAUCCUGUUUUGCCUCUUUCUCUUUUCACUCUCUUAUUUUCUACAUUUUCUGCUUUUUGGCCCUUUUCUGGUCAUUUUUGUGUUCUUGUCUCCUGUGUCCUGACCGCCUCUUCCUCUUUUCCUUCUUCUGAUCCACCGGGACCCUGAGCUUCUUCCUCCUCUGCCCACCACUCCCCUCCCACCUCCUAAGGUGCUGACUCCACAUCACACAGCCCUCUGUGCAGCUGUUCACACCCUGGGCCUCCGGAGGGGCCUCACAGCCAAAGCAUGCCUGUGCCCCUGGCUGUGCCUUCGUUGGGGUGUGUGUGUGCGGGUUUGGGGUGUGGGGUGGGUAGCUAGGCACUGGGCCUCCGUUCUUCCAGUGGAGGGGGGUGUACAGUGCACCUCCCCUUUAAGUUAAAAAAAAAAAACUCUGGAUGUCAGUAAUUUCCAGUGGGCGGGAGGAUUAAAGCCUCUAGAUUCUAAGGCCCCACCUGGUGCUCAGCCACACCUGAGACUGGCUCUAGAAUUUUUCCAGGCUUACAAAAACCCACUGCCUAGAGGCCACCUUAAAGGUAGUUGGUAUGCCUUCCAACCCAGCUACUCUCUGGGGAAUCAAAAAAAAGGACCUGGCAAAAAAUCACAGGGUCUUGGAGACAACCUUCUGCAGUGUUUGUGAGGGGCAGUGAUGUGGCCCUCCUGCCUCGGUGUUCAAAACAGCAUGUCCUGCCUCUGCGGGGAGACAAAAACGGCCACUGCCAGCCUUAACGGUGAUAUUAGCCUGGGUGUUUUAUUUUUGUUUUCUUUUUUCAGAAAAAUGGUGAAGAUAACACUAUUUACUUAUGACCUGAUUAACGUCACAGGCUCUAUUAUUAGUACUUGGCCUUUUUUACAAGAUUAUUGUUUCUUGCAUUAACAAAUGUGUGACUGAACCUCCGAUAAAAGUAAUGAUGACCAGGAGGGCAAAUGAUGGUCAGGAGGGCAAAAAUUACUGGGUGAUCCUUUUUGUAACGGGGAAGCUUCUUUUCAAAUUUUCUUGGGCAGGUGGCUUGGGGUGGGUGGGCCUUGCUGCCGCCACAGUCAAACUGCACUGCUUACAUGUGUUUCUCUGUGCCUCUUGCUUUCUGCUGCUGCUUCCUGCUUCUCUGGGACUCAUGAAUAAUGUGACCUAUAAAAUGUAUAUAAUUUUUUAAAAAUUCCCCAGAACUUCUGUUUCCCAUCAGCUCCUUCUUGCAAUAAUAGAAAAAAAAAAGC